AUGGCAUGUAGCAAAAGCUCCCUCUCCGGAACAGAGAAGGUAGCAAAAUGGAAGUCUGUGUUGAACCACAUUCAAGAUGUCCACAGUCAUUCUGACCCAGCUUUCCCCAAGUGUGAACAUCAACCCAAUGCCUCAAAGGACCCUAGCAAGUGGUUUCGACCAGGUUCGACAGCUCUGAACAGGAUUGAAAAGGUGCUAACAAACAAGAGGGGCCUUACUGAUGUUGAAAAGCUAAGCCAGACAUCAACUGUGGAGUCAUUCCACAGUGUCAUCCAGUGUUUUGCUCCCAAAAACGUUGUUUUCCCCUUCAUUGGAAUGCUAUGCAGGUUGUACCUUGCUGCCAUGCACUUCAAUGAGAAUGCCGAGCGCGCACAACGGAAGACAGCCAAGGGGAAACUAAUGUAUAGAUUGGUGUUCCCAAAGGCCAAAAGGGGAGGUUACACCGUCAAACCAAUGAAAACAGAGCCAACAAUGUGCUAUGUCUUCGACAUGAUGCAACUGGUGUUGGAAGAGAUCAUCCAUGACCCCCUUCCUUAUGUGGCUACCGUCCAGCUGAUUCCUGUGCCCCAGCCCCUGUGUGUUCAGCUCGACAGGCCUUCCAUGGAGGAUGCUGUUGCUCAACAUUUGUCACGGUUCAGUCAAGGGGGGUUCUGAACCCAACGUAAUGCCCUGAAGCAUCCGGAAACUCCCUCCGUAUGCGCAGCACCACACAAGAGGGGAUGACAACACGGACACUUCUUCCAAGGGAACCCCAGCAUCAGCUCACAAAAGUCCUGUAGGACAAGUGUCUGCAUUGCCUGCAAACAGAACAGGGUGGAAGA